AGAAGACCCGCAAGUUAAUCAUUCAUUGUGAAUGACGAAAAAACCAAAACAAACCAAAAAACAAAUUUUUUUCGUCGUCCACACGACAUCACAGUCACAUCAAAAUUCAUAAAAAAUAUACAUAAUAUUUAAAAACUUAAUAUUAUUGCUAUUGUUUUGCAUAGCGAGCGUAACUAUUGCAUAUUUGUUUGAGGAUUUAAGGAUUUAAAAUUCAAAUUUAAUCAUUUAAACUGAAAUGGAACGGAGUAAACAACCCUCCUCCUCGUCGGCAAGGGCACCAAAGAAAGUUUCCUCACACACAGGGAGUGAGUUCUUCGCUCUUGGCUCCAAGGGAUACAGAGACGAAGCAAAAGGAAAACUGCCGAUUACGAAGUCGUCGUCAUCCGCAACGGUCGAUCGGAAAAGGGAAUCUUCUACAUCCAUAAUGACUGCAGGAAAAAAGCCAAAGCUAGCAACUGCAGUAAGAAGUGGUGAGGGUGUUAGCAUUGCUGCACCCUCCAACGAACUAUGGGAGCAGAUGGGUACCGAUUGUGAUUCUGUCGACAUUGUGGAGACAAUACAAACAGCCGCCGAACAGCACGACACAGAGACUCUUGUUCGACUUAUAUGUGGAAGUAUUAAGAAUCUUAUAUCAUCGUAUGCAAAGUCAAAGCCCGACAUGAUAGCUAUGCUGAGCAUAAUGUAUUUAGCAAAAGUGCAUCCAGACUAUUUCUCUAACGAUAUAAUCACUUCCGGCUUAUUACACAUACUGCGCCGGGAUUUCAAUUUAAAAAUGAGACAGAGUUCAUAUUCCCAUGUUUUAGCUUGCAACCUUUUGGUGCGCGUAUACAGUGAUAAACGACAGUGGCCGGAGAUAUUCAUGCGGAUUUAUAUCGAUGAUGCUAUUAACGACCGUUUCUGGUCAGACAAUAGUCUUUGUGCUCCAUUCAUUAAGAAUGUAGCGGCAGCAUUUAAGACCCGACAACCACAAUUAACGUUUCUUCAGUCGGAUGGCAAUACGUCCGGAGCCGGCACGCCAACGAUGACCACCCCAACAACAGGUGGAACACAACCCAACUUGCCCAUCAAUGUGGACGAUGACUCCUGCGACAAUUCGGAGGCUAGUGGCUCCGCAAAGCCGUCUGAGUUCAAGCUUGGCGCUAGUGAUACUUAUUUCGACGCUAAAAAUCGUUACAUCGAUUCAGAGCGCAUUGUCGAAAAAUAUGUGACGGAAGCUAUCAAAGAACAACUUAACAAAAGGCAGCAGCAAGAGUGCUACACACGCAACUUCCUUAAGUUCCUUUGCACAACGUCUGGUCUUGUUGAGGUACGUCAUCUUUGCAUUUCCCGGCUAGAGCUAUGGAUACACAAUGGCAAGCUAGUUAAGUUCGCCCAAGAGCUCCUUUCGUACAUAUGCUUCAAUGUGCGAGCUAAACACUUUAAAGAUCAUGAAGUUUUGGCCAUUUUGGUUAAAAUGCGACUUAAAGCUAAACCCCUAAUAAACUUCUAUAUGGCGUGUAUUAAGGAAAUGAUACGUCUUGAGCCAGGCAUUCUUAAUAUCGUGUUGAAACUUGUAGUUCAGAAUGAGUUGUCCAACACCCGGAAUCCGAACAACAUGGGUAUGCUUGCUACAAUGUUCCAGACAGCACCGGACGAUUCAGCACAAUAUUUAGCAGAAAUAUAUAAAGAGUUUCUGCUGCAGCGGGAAGAUUGCCUCCGAACUCUACGCGUUUUUCUGCGGGAAUUGGUCCGAAUGUUACGCAAUGACAUAAAUUUGGUUGUGUUCUGCAAAGUUUUCCUGAAUGGCCGGCCAGAAUUAAACAAGCAAAUUGAAAGCUCAGAGUUUCGAGACCGCGUUUUUCAUUCAAUGGUCGACAUUGCUUGCUUGUGCAUGCUUCUUUCCGUUUCUCCUCAGGUUCGGGAGGCGAGUAUAUCAUUGAGGGUCUCCAAGGACAAUGCUGCUAACAAUGCAAUACUCCUGAAAUUUUACAAUCAGAUGUGCCAAAUCCAAUUGGAUUGCGUUUCGUGGAUGUACGAAAUUGUUCCUGGACUUUUUAAACUUCAAGCUCCCGAAUACUUCCAAGGACUGCAUAAAGUCUUACUUUUAGAGAAUGCCGAGCAUUAUUCGCGCCACGAUCAAUGGCCCUCGGAGCCAGAGAGGACCACGUUAUUGCGUCUUGUGUCGGAGACUCCCAUACACGAAGAUACACUCAUACGAAUUAUACUCAUUGGCAUUACAAAGGAUAUACCUUUCACAAUACCAGAUACGUUUGAUAUAACAAUUUCCCUUAUAAAGAGGGCAUCGACAAUGCGAAUAUCUAGUUGCCCUGUGGUACAGGCAAAUAAAUUUGAUAUAAUUGACUUUCUGUUUAGCAUGGCCGAAUACCACCACCCUGAGAAUAUUAACCUUCCUGUUGACUAUGAGCCACCCAAGCUGGCUAUUACAGUGUUGUACUGGAAAGCUUGGCUGAUCAUGCUGAUGAUUUCGGCCCAUAAUCCUUCAACUUUUGGAGCAUUUUGCUGGAAUCACUACCCAACUAUGAAAAUGUUAAUGGAAAUGUGUAUAACGAAUCAGUUCAACGAAGCAGCAAUGAGCAAAGAGGAGCUACAGAUCAUUCCCAUGGAGCGUGAUCAUAUUGUAGAGUUUGAGUCGUAUUUGGCAGCGCAAACAUCGCAAGCUGUUAUUACCGAGGAAAAUGCCAUCUUGACUUCUCAGUUAAUGCUAAUGGACCCGAUGGGUGUAGCUCGUCGAGUACCAAGUGGCGUUUUCGAUCAAUUGAGAUCUUUGAAUAAAACCCUAAAAAUCGGCCAUCUUUUGUGUCGCAGCCGCAAGCCCGAUCUAUUGCUGGAUAUUAUACAGCGGCAAGGGACCUCCCAAUCAAUGCCUUGGCUGUCCGAUUUAGUACAAAAUAGUGAUGGAGACUUCAAUCAUUUACCCGUGCAAUGCUUGUGCGAAUUUCUUUUAUUUAAUGCCAAUAUCAUUAACGAAGAAAACAGUCGGGAUGCCGAAUUGGUUAAUUUCCUAAGAAACGUCAUCAUGGACCCGUCUUACAAUAAGCAGACUGUGUGCGAAAUAUUGGACUAUAUUUUUAGAAGACUCUGUUCGACUGUUAAGUUGACCCGGGCUUCAGCACUUAGAGGAUUGAAGAUCAUAUUCAAAAGUUCCGACACCAGUGGCAACGAAUGGCUUUUAAGCUCCAUUCCGCAGAUACCUCAUUUUAACGAAGUGCGCGUUUUUAUUGUGCCCCAAUUGAGGUCCGCUUGUCAAGUGGAAAAUUCGCCCGAUUUGGUGAUGGCGUACAUACAAUUCAUAGCAGCGAACACUUUGGACGACUCUGUUACGGAUAUGCUGGACCAUGUCAUAGACAUGGCGCAGUUAAUUGUGGAGAGAAGUACAAUGUUUCAGCACAUCAUACCGCUCUAUGAGGGAGGCGAAGUUAUGGUGUACGACGAGCAGAGCAAGCUGGAGGAAGAAAAUCGGUUGCAGACACUAAAGUGUUUGUUUGUUAUGUUCAACAACUACAUCAUUAAACUGAGAGAUCAUCACGAGACAUACCAGUGGAAUGAAUACCCAGACUUGUUAAUGGUUCAGUUCAAUGAUGGAGUUCAACUGCCGCUCCAUUUGAAUAUAAUUCAUGCGUUCAUAAUACUUUUGACGCAUUCAAGCAAUCAAAUGCCCGAAUCUGUUCCCAUUUUGGAUUAUUGGUUUCCGGUAGGAGGCAAUGUGCCCAUUGCCUUCAUUCCAAAUAUGCCUCAGGAGCCCGUGCAAUUGCUUCCCGACUGGCUGAAAUUGAAGAUGAUAAGAUCCUCGGUGGACCGCUUGAUCGAAGCUGCGAUCAGAGAACUAACGCCCGACCAAAUUGUGCUAUUUGUUCAAAACUUUGGCACACCCAUCAACUCGAUGUCCAAAUUGUUGGCACUUCUAGACCAUGCUGUUAUUGAGCAAUUCGACACAGUCAAGAAUGCAAUUCUGAACAAAGCGUAUUUAGCACAGCUUAUAGAAAUUCAGCAAGUGAGGGGGGCAAAAAACGGACAUUUUACAGUGCAGGCACUUGGACUAUAUUCCCAUUCCCAAACUGUGGAGGAUAAUCCAAAGGUUAGGAGUGAUGUGCUAGAACCUAUACUCUUGGACGAACUCAUAUCGGAUGCGCAUCCAUGCCAAACCAUCCUAUGUCACACGAAGGAAAUGGAGCUGGGCGAAAUGGAGAAAUGUCUGUACAAAGUUAUGAUGUGGUCAAUACCACAGCAGUUUAACGAGCAUGAUUUUCAUAUCUUUCUACACAAGGUUCUAAGCAAGGGAAACAGCGACACGGCCAACAAAAUCUUAAAUCAUCCUAAUUUACAAAAUCUUCUCGCCAAUGUUUUGGACAAAAAAUUGGCCAUUACAUUUCUCCGAUCCAUAAUGAGAUUAUAUCCGCUGUUUAUUAAUGAGAAUUUGACUUUUUUUAAAUCGAUGUCCUUAGCCCAAAAUACUUCCAGCUGUCAGCUGGUAUUUUUGGAUACGAUGAAGAAACUGGCCACAAACUGCCGAAUUGUUUGCACUAAAAGCAAAAGAUCGAUGCGUCCACAUUUUAGUCUGCAACAAGUACUGGCGCAGUUCCGAACCCAUAGAAACCAGAAACCGGCAUCAACGGCCAUAAGUAGGAAUUUUUACAGUAAUGGGAUGUUGGUGGAUCUUCUGUCAGGCAACGAUCCGGAAUUGUGCUGUGACUUUCUGCAGGAAGACUUGACAUUGCUGUUCUCAAAAACCUCUGGCGACUUUCGGUUCUAUUUACUAUCGUGGAUCUGUCACGAGUCCAAUUGGAAUACCCUAGUGUCCACAUUGGAAUAUAUGCUGCAAACCGACGAACAAGACCUGGACUACACAACCGUACUGAACUUCAUACAAGCCCUUAUUAACAAUCCAAAGCUAUGGCAGGGCCGAGAUCGCACCGUGCUGAAGACCGAUCUCUCCGACAACGCAAUCUUUCUAACCGAUCGUGAACUUAUGAAAUUCACUGAAUUCAUUUUAAAAGAGGGGGAAUCCGAGCUGAAAUCAAUGUCUCAAUAUCACUUUAUAUUAUGUUGCCGAAUCAAUUUGCUCUUCCGCGUUUGCAGGAAGACUACUUCCAAUUUAAUAAAAUUCAUCGAAUUUGUAUACCAGUGCAGGAGUUCGGAGAAGCUGCGGCUUAAUGUUCUAAGGCAGAUGUAUUUGAUGUAUCCUUCCAUUAAAUUCAUAAGGCCCAACCAGGUCGAAUCUUACACGGACAAACUUCAAAACCUCAAUGGCUGUCAAGCAGAUAAGAUUUCGUCAAACCUUAUAACAUGCUUGGGUAAUCUGUUUACAAAAAAAGACUUUGAGGCCUUCUCGAGUGACAUUGAAUUGUUAAUAAGAAAAAUUGCUGCAUCCCACCCGGCGUUGUUCCUGCGACAGUUGGGGGUUUUGUCCUCCCUCAUACAAGGACGCGGUCAUUUGAGUCUGCGAGUGAUUCGGGACGAGUACCACAUGCAUCGGUUUAUACAAAUCCUACGAACUCUAGAGUUGUUGCAGCCGAUAUGCUUCGACGACAUCUACAAGGAGGAGUUUCAGUCGGCCCUAAAGUGUUACUUUACAUUCUUUCAGCAGUAUAGCAAUGUCAAGGAAUCCUAUCAUAUUCUUAUUAAACUUAUAGAACUCUUACAGUCCUAUAUAAACAAUAAUCCCUCGUCUGCCCUGACAUUUAUAGAGCAAUACGUGGAUGUCUUGAUGGAGUUGGGCAACCGUUACAAUUCAAUUUCUUCCCUGCAUCAACUUGUUCAGGGAAUCACGCUACUGCAGCAGAAAUCGUCUACUUCUGCACCUAGUAAUGUAGAUUUAAAACAAGAAUUCGAUUUUGAAGAGUCGUAUUCAACUCUUGAAAACCGACUGCAGACAUCAACUAUAACACCAGCAGAAGCAGCCGAUUCGACAGAUUCCCCAACCAAUCAAUUGUCCAAUUUGGACAUUAAUUCCCGGGGGGCUGUCACGUUUGCCAUAUCUGGUUCGCUUAAUAAAUCAUCGGCCAUUUCACCACAUUUUUCAAAUCUCAUAAAGAUUGUUAAGCAUUCCAAUGCCGAAGACACCAUUUUGGGACCUCUGCAGGAAAUUGAGAGCUUUACGUCGAAACGCUUUAACUUUCUGAGUGAACUGUUCGAUCGACUGUUGGAACUGAUCUUCUCGUCGAGUGCUCAAAUAAGAUCAAAUGCCUUUAUUCUACUGAUUCGCCAUCUUAAACACAAUCCAGGGCGGUCGGAUGUCAAUCGUUGUACCCUAAAUGCUUACAUUCAAUGUCUGCGGGAUGACAAUUCAUCCGUUGCCGCAACAGCCAUUGAUAAUUUGAGCGAAAUGUGUUUGCUUCUGCAGGAGCAUGCCAUCGAAAUAUUGUCUGUUUCCUUUGCUUUAGGUCUAAAGUCCAAAUUGAAUACCGGCUCCCAAAUAAAGAGAGUGCUGCAGACUAUAAUGUUACAACAUGGCUACUAAACACCAACCAA